AUGCCGGAAAUGGAGAGCCAUAUAGACACCGUUGCAGGUGCAAAAUACAUCACGGUCUGUGACAUUCAGUCAGCUUUCCAUCAGUUGCCUAUCAACGAUAGACACGAGCAAGACAAAACAGCCUUCGUAACUCGGAAUGGGAAAUGGGUUUUCAAACGUCUUCCCUUCGGGAUCGCAAACGCACCAUUUCUCUUCCAGCGAACCAUGGCUCUAGCUUUUGCUCAUUUCGGACCAAAGUCAGGACUUCUCGUAUACAUGGAUGACCUAAUCUGUUGUUCAUCAACGUGGGAAGGACACCUAACUUUGUUGGAGAACACUUUCAAGGCCUUACAAGCAGCAGGGCUCACCUUGAAACCCUCCAAGGUACAAUUCGGUCCAAAAGAGGUCAAAUACCUAGGACACAUCCUAUCUUCCGAUGGGAUCCGCCUAGGAGACGAUCGGAUCCAAGCCAUCCUCGAUCUACCAACGCCGACAAAUAUCAAAGAACUACGGUCAGUGCUGGGCAUGGUCAAUUACGUACGCAAAUUCAUCCCUGAUCUAGCUACGACCAUCGCCCCUAUGGUUGAUCUAACAAAGAAAGAAUCACUCAAGUCAAUCGCGAAACUCUGGGGUCCCGAACACGAUGCAGCAUUCGCUAAAGUGAAGAAACUACUCACGGAAGCACCUGUCCUGCACUUCCCGGAUUUUUCCAAAGAGUUUGUGAUUCAUGUCGACGCGUCUGAAACGGGAGCGGGAGCAUUCCUAGCCCAACGUAACGGCGAUGAUUUAAACAUCAUCGCAUACUUCAGCCAGCGCUUUAACAAGAGCCAACGACACUAUUCCGCAACCAUGAAAGAAUGCUAUGCUGUAGUGUUGGCAAUCCAACAUUGGAGGCCAUAUCUAUGGGGUAGACACUUCACAUGCGUCACUGACCACGCGGCGUUACGAUACCUCUACACGAUGCAAGACACUUCGAAUAUGCUCACACGCUGGGCAAUUGCUCUGCAAUCAUUCGACUUCAGCGUUCAGCAUAAACCGGGGAAACUCAAUGUAGUACCCGACACGCUAUCGCGUCUGUUCGUUUUCGAGAAAGAUCAAGAACGGAACACACCGACGCUAGCACCGAUUUGUCGCAACGUACCAGAUGACCCGAAACUUCAAACGGCAGUACCCACCAGACCGUACCAACUAGACGCUGAUCAACUACACAACGUUCGACCUGUCCACAGCGACCGGGAGUUGUUCACUGUAAGCGCAACCGAGGUGUUUCAAUCCGUCAAUCACGACAAGCUCCGUGAGAAACAGAUGGACGAAUACGGAGAUUACAUCAAAUACAUCCUCCAUGAAAACGCACCUCUACCAGACAGGGAAACAGAAACGACCAUGUCAUAUUAUUCCCUACAGGAUGGCUUACUGUUUAAGUCGUACUUGCCUGGACAUCUCCGCAAACGAAGCACGUUCAUCGAUCAGAUUGUAUUACCGCAAGACCUUACAGGCCUAGUAAUGCAUGCAUAUCAUGAUCACGCUUUAUCAGGAGGUCAUCUAGCUUUUCGACCGACAUACGAAAAAAUUAGACAGAAAUACUGGUGGCCGUCAAUGUCCCGCGACGUGCGCAAUUGGUGCCUUGAGUGCCAAGCAUGCCAACGCCGGAAAACACCCCACCGCCGUCCAAAACUUCCAACAGGCCACGUACCGGUUCAGCAACCCUUUGAACGAAUAUCGGUUGAUUUGGUGGAGUACAAGACACUCUCCAAGUCACACACCGGCGUAUACUGCAAGUAUGUGCUGUCGAUGAUGGACCAUCUAACACGGUUCGCCGUCCUCACACCGAUUCCCAACAAAUCUGCUGAAACCGUGGCAAACGUGCUAAUCGAGAAGAUAAUCAGCAUCUUUGGGCCGCCCGAAAUGCUACACUCUGAUCAAGGCACCGAAUUUGAGAAUAAAAUUAUUCACCAGUUACAAUCAGUCCUUGGAUACCAGAAGACCCGAACAACGCCGUAUCGGCCGCAGGGUAACUCUGUGUCAGAACGAGUGCAUUCUACUAUGCAUGCAAUGCUCUCUAUGCACAGUUCCAUGGAACGAGACAACUGGGCGGAGCUCUUACCUAUGGUACAACUAGCGUACAACACGUCUUUCAACAAAACCAUGCACGAGACUCCGUUUUUCUUAAUGUUCGGUCGCCAAGCACGCCUGCCGGUAGACGUCAUCCUUGGUAUCCCACACGUAGGAUCCUCAGCGGAUACCGAAGUGUUCACCAAGACCACACGUGAAAACCUGCAAACGGCCUACGAACUAGCACGUCAGAACUUGUCUGAGCGAGCUGCCAAACAAGCUGCACACAACGAUAAGUUACCGCAGUUUCCGGUGUUCCAACCAGGGCAACAAGUGCUACUGUACAAACCGUACCACGACUCAGACGGACCAAACCCAAAACUGCUCUUACCGUGGCGUGGGCCGUACACUAUUUGUUCGCAGCUGUCACCAGUUGUGUAUCGAGUAAAACGACCUAACGAAACGCGUGAACUAUCCGUUCACCUCGCCCACCUAAAGCAGUACCACGCCAGGCAGGCUCCACCAGCACCACAGUUCGACAGGCUAGCUGAGUAUUUCCUAGGAAAACGCAUUCCCCUGCCUGCAACGGAAAACACUGUCGAUCAACCACGUAUCGAGAGAUACAUCGUUGAGAAAGUGGCUGCGACUUAA